AUAUUGUACAAUUUAUCAGUCAUAUAUAGCAAAAAUUCCAGCACGGAAUUCACGUGGGUUAUGUUACACAAAUGUUUGUCGAUAAUAUAUAUAUCAAAAGUAAAAUGGAAGGUGGAAGUAAUGUUGGCACACUUCUUCAAAGACGUAGAAAGCCCGUAAAAAUUGGCAAGGAGGAAACUCUUUUGAUUUUGAGGGCUUAUUGUUCACAUCCUACAAAUUGGUCUGAUGUCCUAGAUGAAGUGCGACAGAAUCUUGAUCAAUUACCCGAAGAUGCAAGAGCUCUUUACCAUAGUGGCAAUCUUAGACAGCUCAGAGAUAGAAUGUCGGGAAAACUGUCCAAAAUAACGAAGAUGAGAGUGGAAAGCAUUCAAGAUUCAGACAUACGAGGCGUAGCAAUGCAGAUAGAUGCUAUGGAGCGCCGUCUUCAGAAUACAGGGGUUGACACGAGACAAAACGAGGCCAGUCAAAUAGAAAGCCAGACAAACCAGGAAAAUCAGCCAGGAACAUCAGCUGAUUUGAGGGAAAGCAUUGCAAAUGCACUUUCAUCGUCGCAAGAAGAAGAUCCUACGCCGCCAAGCACACAGAGACGGAGAAGAAGAAAGAGGCCGCUGGCCGACAUUAUUCGUGAAAAUCAGUUGUUAUACAACGACUUUAUAAAGAACAAAGUCUCAAGAUUGCUCCGUCAGCUUGGUGUCGAGACAUCUUCGGAUGACUCAAACUAGUUUUUCAAAAAGUACUUGUGAACGCUUUUUUGUAAAAGAAAUAAAUACAAUCAUUAAAUUUUGCUUGGCCUUCUGUUUUCUUUAAAAAAAUCAUUUUGAAACGCCCCCUUAGAAAUAGCCGUCUCCGUCUUCGUUUGUCGGCAUCG